AUUAAAGUGAAUCUUGAUGUGCAGUCAACUGCGCCAAAACUCGGGACACGGCUUGUGUUACUGUCGAUUUGUGACGGCAGUUACAAAAUCGAACGGAAAUGCCGAAAACCAGUAUUUCCGACACGGAUAUGUAAAGACAACCUGGUUACAUUAUUCUGUUUUGAAGCGAAGGGGAAGAAAGGAUAUGGCGACUGGAUUUGGGCGCCAAAGCAUGGCAAAGUGGCUGCAAUAUGCCACAAGAAUUAUGAAACGAAUCAAGCGUAUCUGGCUCUCGUGGCGAGUCCACGGAAGGGGCGACGAAAGAAAAAAUGCCCCAGGAUUUUAUGUUUGGAUUUCAUAGUGACCCUACGUGCUUAUGCUGCAGUUACUUCGCCAGCAAUCUUGGACGAAUUUCAGAACAGCUGA